UGAUACUUUUGUUUAUUUAAAUUUAGCUAAAUAAAGAUAAAUUAUUUUCAUUUGUGAUUCAUGCAUAAAAUAAUUUUUAAUAAAAUAAAUAUGGACGUCGAGAAUGAAAAUGUAGAGCUUUUAAAGUAUAGUGAUGUUAAUGACUUUCCAACUACUAUCCUAAACCAAUUAUCUAAUAUAGUGAAAAUUAUUAAAUAUGGAACAAAUACGCAACAAUUAAUGCAAAUGGUAAACUCAAGACUCAAUGAUUCUGAAUUUGAUAAGAUUUGUAAAGAUAUACUAAAAAAAAGGAAUCAAAUAAUGCAAAUGCAACAGCAAAGUAAUAUUGAAUCGAGUCUAGCUGAAAGUGUGGACGCAAUCAAAAGUGAUUUACAAACAUCUAUAGAAAAUGAAAAGUUGCAACCAACAGAUAUCAAAAACAUAUGCAAUCAGGCUGUUAAUCUUCGGUUGUCAUAUAUCAAAAACUCAAAUAAGUUGACACUAGUAGAAGAAUUUAUAAAACAAACUGAGGUAAAACUACAAGAUAUAUCAAAAAUAGAAGAUGAUUUAGAUCAGGUACACAAUAAUUCAUGUUCAAAAAAUAAUUUAUUGAAACAAUGUAGUGUUAAAAUAGCCAAAUCAAAAUACGCAGCUUCUUUAAAGUCAGUUGAUCACGAGUCCUCAUCGAAUGCUGUAAAGCGAGUAGAACGAGACAGAAAUAAUUUUCCAACAGUUAAAACUCGUCUUGAACGUAUUAGAGAGAUUCCAACUAAUAAUUCACAAAGCAAAGUUGAUGCACCAGCGUUAAAAUUAUAUACUAGAACAGCCAAUAACAAUUUUAGUCGCUCAAAUAUUGACAUGAAUUCUAGAUUACGUAGCAACGAGGAUCACUUUUACCGGGAAAGCAUGUUUUCUGCAGACGACUACUUGUUUGAAUUUUCUAGUUCAAACAACAGUACUUUGAAUCAAGACAAAGAUUUUGAUGAUACAAAUAGCGGAGAUAUAUAUUUAUCAUUGGUACCAUUUAAUAAUGAGACAAUUGAUAAUAAUAAUAAUAAUGAUUAG